AUGAAAAAGACCAACAUCACCAAUGUCCUCAUCUUUGACGGAGAAAAGGUCACGGGCCCCGGCAGCGUGGUCAUUGAAGGCGGCUUAAUAGGCGACGACGCAACAGGAGCAGAGACCAUUGACGGGACUGGAUGUAUGAUUAUGCCCGGACUGAUCGAUACCCAUGUGCACAUUGCCAAGGAAUCUGAGCUGCGGAAUUGCACCAAGUUUGGUGUCACCACAGUCUGCGAUCUCGGCGCCUAUCCAAAGCAACUCUUUGAGGAAAUGAAGAGCGUCCAAGGGACGACCGAAUAUCUCUCCUCCGGACUGGCUGCGUUUCCACCACAGAGCAUGCAUGCUCACUUCCAUGCCAAACUAGACAAGGACAUGUCUCUCAAGGGCGAGGAAGAUGCGGCAGACUGGGUCUCUGCUCGAGUCGCCGAGGGGGUGGACUUUAUCAAGAUCAUUGCCGACGAGCCCGGCUUCAGCCAAGCGUGCCUUGAUAAGCUCGUGGCCGAGUCCAAGGCGGCGGGCAAGAUUACCAUUGCCCACGGAACGCAUUACACUGCGUAUGAGAGGAGUUUGAAAGCUGGGUUCGAUAUCUUGACCCAUGUACCGCUGGAGAAGCCUCUGGACGAAACAAUUGUGGGCCGAAUGGUAGCCCAACGUACGGUCUCGUCGCCGACGCUGGCCAUGAUGAAACUCAUGGUGGACAAUGACCACUUUACACUCCCGGACGCUGAUUAUGAAAAUUGUUUGAGGGGCGUCGCGGCCAUGUACGAAGCGGGCGUGCCCAUACUUGUGGGAACGGAUUCCAAUCUCAUGGACAUGCCAAUCCACCACGGUUCGGGUCUGCAUGAUGAGAUGGCGUUGCUGGUCGAAGCGGGUCUGUCACCAAUAGAUGUACUAAAAGGGGCAACAUCACUCGCCGCGCACCAUUUCAGACUACGUGAUCGUGGAAGGAUCGUGGUCGGUCUCAAGGCAGAUCUCGUGCUGGUGGAGGGCAACCCGACCAAGAUUAUUAGUGACUCGAAGAGGAUUCGUGCAGUUUGGAAAGACGGAGUCAAACAACGAUGA